CUUCUGGGCCGCGCCCCGUUUCCCGGUGAGGAGCGGGCCCCUGUGGGAUCCUCCCCGCUCCUGGCCCCUUUUAGCAGCGGGGCUCCCGCUUUAAGGCCUCUCCCCGGGGAAGGCCUCCGUCGCGGCCCGCCCCGGGGCUCGGCGGGGCUGCGCCCUGCUGCUCAGGGCCUGAGGGCGGGCGGCCGGGAGGGCUGAGGCGCGGCCUUCCCGGCACGUGGCGAACAGCGCACCUGCGGGCUGCGCUGCCGCGUGUCCCGGCCUCGCACGUGCUGCGGCCGGCGGCCCCGUUCCUCCGGCACCGCCGCUCUGGGGUGGUUUGGAGGCAGCUUCCCGACUUGUGCCUCUGCCGCUCCCCGUGCUUCCAGCGCAGGCAGCUCUCUGCUCCUGAGAGGCAGCUGUAAAGGGGUGAGCUGGUUGCAGGGCGUGUUUCUUCCACGAGUGCUGAAGCUCCGGUUUCGACUGUGAAGGGUCUUCACCGUGUACCUGGGGGCUUUUUUUUUUUUUUUUUCCAGGUACAUUUUUUUUCCAAAAUAUAUCAAGAGAAGAGGCUGGACAAGAAUUGGUGUGCUUUGAACUAAUUAGCAGUUCUUGUUCCCUUGCUCGCUGUUAUUUUAUGCCUUUACCACUCACCAUGAGACUUCCACACUUAAGUUGUUUCUGUGCCCAAGAAGCCAGGCAGUCUGAAAGCAGAGUGACCUGUGCUGCUGGCUGAGCUCUCCCCUGCUGUUCCUCCCGCUGUGAAGCUAGAUGGAGAGUGCUGUCCCUUCAGCUUGCCUUGCCAGGGUCUGCAGGAGGAUGCUUUGGACCUCCUCAAUGAAUUGAAACUGUUAAGGCUGUGAAACGCUGCAUGUUGUAACGGCUUGUUUUUAACCCAGACGCAUUUCUGCACUCUCAGCUGCAUCAUACCAUCAGUUAGAGGAUGAGGGGGUAUGAUUCAGGGCAGGGACUUCCCAGCUUCACUGGUGAGAAAACACAGAGCUCUCUGCUUUGCUGUCACUGACCCCCAUUGGUGGCCUGGGGACUGUGGGUAGGGAAUCUCUAUCCUAUCAAUAUCAGUGGAGACUGCUAGGAAGGCUCAGGGAAAUGCCUUGCCCAGCCCUUAGAGCUGGUGGGGCAGAGUGGCAGCCUUGCUGCUUGCCAUCAGUUUGCACCAUGUUCUGGACCUUUUGUCUUCUGCUAUUGUUGCUGCACUCUGUGCUCACAGAACAGUCAGCCCGCUGCUUCCAGCAACGUCCAACAAGCACGGAGUCAGCCCUCUAUUAUUUCCAUUUUCUCUCUGUGAUGAAGCCACAGCUUUUCUGCCUAAUCAUGCUGGAGUCCCUUACCUCAUCUAGCACCAUGCUCUGACGUCCUGAAAGCAGCGAGAAACAUGCAGAGUCCCCUGUGACUCAGGCAGCUGAGCCCUUGUUGCCCAGCGCAGCACGGAGGCACCGACCUGCGCAGGGAGCAGCUGCUUGCUUGUGUCCUGGGGUGAGGUCCUGGCUGGGUCCCAGCUCUUGGACUGGUGCCUGCUGCCUCUAUGGGCUGCCUGCCUCGCCACUGCAUGGCUUGUGAGCCCCCUGCCUUGCAGGGCUCUGUGAUUAAAGGAGCACUUUGGGGAGUGGUGCACUUCUCAUUGCUUCUCUGUUAGGAAUUAAAAGCCACGGCCGUUCAAUGGAAGCGAGCUGCCCCAGCAUACAAGCAAUCCCUGGAUGCAGGUGGAAUUUGCUGACACAUCCAAACAGCGAGUGGUUUCUCGCUGGUGUCUCUUCGUGACCUGAGUGGACAAAUUCAAACUUGGUAUCUUGCAGUCUGCACUGAAUAGGGGAGGAAUUGCUCAUUGUCUGUCCCACACCUUUGGUUUUGCACCCAGAAGAGGACAGCUGUCCCAUGGACGUUCCUGGAGCAGCUGGGCUGUCUCUAAGCCUCAUUGUCCUUGCACACUUGUUUUCAUGGCUGGCAGCAUCCCAUCCCAGCAUCCCCACAAGGAGUGGCCUUGUGUGUUUGUGUACAGUGUUGUGUGUGACCCCAUGCUGAGUUUGGGGCUGCUGGUUUCCUGGAGCUCACCUCAAUGAGGGUGGUUUCUGUGCUGUUGGAACACGAGUUUCCAUCUUGUUACUGGGCAUACCAGCAGCUCAAGCACGCACAGUAAAUCACUGUAUUUGAUUUUGUUGAAAGCUUUAAUUUUUUUAAGCUGAAUAAGUCCUUAUGAAAUGAGUAUUGGCUUUAAAUCCAGUUUGUAUUGUAUUGUUAACUCCCUUGUUCAGGCAUUAAUGGAAUGCUGUAGAGCUUCAAGUGAGGGAUGUGGUGUGACCUCAGAUCUCCCUUAGAAAAAGGUUUGAUCCUUUCUGACUGUAAAGAGCAGGCUGAAAGCGUGCCCUGUGAUGACAUAGAAAAUAACAGCAGAUCACACAUAUCUGACUUUGUUUCCAUUCCACUCCUGUGACUUUUGGAUGCGUGAGGCUGACAGCACGUUAUCAGGUCAGCUCACAGCCCAUGCGUUUGCAAGCUCUUGUUAUUUUAAGCGUGUCACCACAGCUGAGUUUAAAAUAACCUUCCUGCUUAAACUCACGUGUCAGAGGCUUGCUUUGCGCCUGGGCUCUUUGGGGCUCAUCCUUUCUCUAGAAGCAGGUCUUCUAGGAGCCCGACAAGGGUUAGGCUGGAGAAGCUCUGCUCCAUCACUGCCUCUUGGUGGGGCACACCAGGCUGGGUCAUGUGGUGGUCCCUGUGGUGUGUGAGUCAUCAGGGCUGUGACCGUGCUCCAGCUGACAUCCCGAGCAGGCUGUGCGGUAAUAAAAGGUGCUAGCUGAAUAACUGUGAGCAGGUGCAGCUCUAUAGUCACCAUAAUGGUGACAACCUUGGCCUCUAUAUUUAUUGUGUGCCACUAAGUCCAAGCCAAAUCCGUUAAUUACCAGUAAUGACGUUUGGGUUGGACUUCCAGCCCUGCCAAUUCGCCCUGGGAGCGGAGCGGGGCUUUUCCCAGCUCAUGUUUCCACAAUAAAACUUCCACAUGUUGUUGUACUGCUGUUGUGAGUGCCAGCAGAGACUGCUGCCCUUUGCCGUAGGGCUGGGCUGGCAGAACCAGUGGCUGUGCCAAGCUGUGACCUUCCUGUGCAGAUCCCUGCCAGAGGCACAGGCCAGUGAAGAUGCUGCUCUAGGUUAGAGACUUGCUCUUGCCUCGUGCUAUGGCUCUACAUGGCCUCAGCAGGACUACAACGCGAUAACCUGGGCCCCAGACAGGAGAAGAACUUUGGCCUCAGUGCAGACACCAUUCCAGGAGAGCGAGAACAACAGCGCAUAGCGUGGUGCAUCGCCCCUCAGCAGCAGGCAAAACCCAUCUGGACUUUGGACAGGCAGCAUGUGAAUCGCAGCCCACCACCCUCAGGGAUCCCUUUGCAACAAUCAUGCUUCUUGUACCCACCAGCACCAUGCUCCACGCAUCCCAGUGAAAACGCCCAGCCCUGCCCAGAGCUGUGUGGGAGUGCACUGCUCUAUCAACGCUCCUGCCUGAGAGCCAAACCCUACCGCUUUCCUUUCCAGAACCCCCAGGGCACCAGCUCUGCCUCAGGUAGUGCAAUGUCUUCCUUGCUGAUGGAGCCCUGCCUACCGCCUGCGCUACCUGAGGAGCAUGCAGGGCCUGGGCUGAAAGGCUCUGCCCUCAGCUUAGGCUCAGCCUGCCCUCAGCAGGCUUCCAGCUCCUGCAGACCAGCGCUCCACAGCAACUCCUUUCUACAGCCAAGCAGUGCUAAAGUGCCUUUGCUGCAGUCACCGGGAAUGAAGAAGCUGAAGAACACCCCCAGUUUUCCCACCAUCUCAUGGCCACAUUCCAGGGAGAUGGAGACUGAUGGAGCCUGCUUCCCUCGCAGCCCUGCAGUGCAAAGCAGUGACCAUGAACAAACCUCUGUCCCUUCCCUGACCCUCGUGCCCAGCAGUGUGGCCCUGAGGAACGAGCGGUGCUCUUGGCCACCAGGGGACACUGACAGGAGAGCGCACAGCUUGUGUGAGACGGAGCCCAAGAUCAGCCUCACAGCAGCUGUGCAGCAGCUGGUAGGACAGACUGCCACCUGCAGUGGCUUUGGACACGAAGUCAAAAGCUCUAGCCUUAGGAAUGCAGGCAGCUUGUCCAACAGGGACAAGUCAGGGCAUCACAUCAUAGCGCAACUCACUCCAGGGGAAACCAUCGCUCCCCCGAACUUGGAGAUGGGCAGCCAUCGCCUUAACGGUAACUCAAGCCUUAUAGGCACCGACGGUGCUGUCGUCUGCACUAAACGUAUUAGCGUUCAUCUCCUGGCCUCCCGCGCCAGCUCUCCUGACCGCAGUUCCAACUGCCGGCUUGUGAGAGCACUGACCCUGCAUGGCAGGGAGCAGGGAACCAGAGCAGAGCCUCAGCAGCUUGCUGCUGUCUCCGAAGUGGCCGCUCAGAUGUCCAGCAUCCAGCUGGAGAAAGAGGAGAAGUGUACCCACGCGGUGCUCCCAGAAAAGCCUGAUGUUGCUGCUGAGGAGUCACUGCUGGAGCAGAGCCAUCCCCAGGACGAUGUGGAGGAAGAACUUCCUGAUGGCCUGGAUGAGAGCUGCUGUCUGGAGGAGGAAGAGGACAGUGACUUGGAUGCUUCCUCUGUCACUGGCAUGUCAUCUAAUGGCUCUGCGGCUCUUGUAUCCAGGAAAUGCCUCGAGUGCCUGGCCCAGCCCACGGAGGAUCAGGAGAAAGUGCUCAAACCUGCUCUUGUCUGCAGUUUAUUCCCUAAUGUGCCUCCAACCAUCUACUUCAGUACUCAGGAUGAGAGAGUGGAAAAGCUGCCUUGGGAGCAGAGGAAGCUGCUGCGAUGGAAAAUGUGCACGGUCACGCCGAAUAUCGUGAAGCAAACCAUUAGCAGAUCUCACUUCAGAGUCAGCAAAAAAAGCAAUGACUGGCUGGGUUGUUGGGGCCAUCACAUGAAAUCCCCUGGCUUCAGAGCCAUCAGGGAGCACCAGAAGCUAAACCACUUCCCUGGUUCAUUUCAAAUUGGGAGGAAGGACCGUCUGUGGCGCAACCUGUUGAAGAUGCAGACUCGCUGUGGGAAGAAGGAAUUUAAUUUCUUCCCCCAGUCCUUCAUCCUGCCCCAGGACAUCAAAUUACUCAGGAAAGCGUGGGAGGAAGGAGCUAGCAACCAGAAAUGGAUUGUGAAACCACCAGCAUCAGCAAGGGGCAUUGGCAUCCAGGUUAUCCACAAAUGGAGCCAGCUACCCAAAAGGAGGCCACUGCUGGUACAGAGAUAUCUGCACAAACCCUACCUCAUUGACGGGAGGAAGUUCGACCUGAGGAUUUAUGUGUAUGUCACUUGUUACGAUCCCCUCAGGGUCUACCUGUUCAAGGAUGGAUUGGUUCGCUUCGCUAGCUGCAAGUACUCCUCCUCGAUGAAGAGCCUCAGCAACAAGUUUGUGCACUUGACCAAUUACAGCGUGAACAAGAAGAACGCAGAGUACCAGUCCAACUUGGAUGAGACAGCUUGCCAGGGACACAAAUGGGCACUCAAAGCUCUCUGGAAUUACCUGACCCAGAAGGGAGUUAACAGCGAGGCCAUCUGGGAGAAGAUUAAGGACAUCGUUAUCAAAACCGUCAUUGCAUCUGAGCCGUAUGUGAACAGCCUGGUGAAGAUGUAUGUGCGGCGGCCGUACUGUUGCCAUGAGCUCUUUGGGUUUGAUAUCAUGCUGGAUGAAAACCUCAAGCCCUGGAUCUUAGAGGUCAACAUUUCCCCGAGCCUUCACUCCAACUCCCCUCUGGAUGUGAGCAUCAAGGGCCAGAUGAUCCGGGACCUGCUUAACCUCGCUGGCUUUGUUCUGCCCAGCACAGACAGCGUAGCCUCAAGGCCUCAGACGAGAACUGAUUUCACGUGCAGUCAGGGCAGUGCUUUGAAGGAGAAGCCCAGGCCAGCCUCUGAGUGUUUCACAGCAGAGAAGUUGAAGAAGGCCUAUUACUUGACACAGAAGAUACCUGACCAGGACUUUUAUUCUUCUGUCUUGGACAUCCUGACCCCAGAUGAUGUUCGUGUCCUGGUGGAAACAGAGGAUGAGUAUUCCCGGCGUGGGCAGUUCGAGCGGGUGUUUCCCACCCACAUCUCCAUGCGCUACCUGCGCUUCUUUGAGCAGCCUCGGUACUUCAACAUCCUGGUGACCCAGUGGGAGCUCAAGUACUACUUGAAUAAACGCAAAGGUCUGGAGCUACUGAAGAAAUGGUGUGUCAAAGGCUACCACACUGGGGCAGGGAUGGAUUUGGCCCAGAUGUGGUCGUUGCCAAAGUCCUUCCUCCUCCAGAAAAGCAGCGUUCAAUCAAAUGGCUUCAGCAAACUGGAACUGGACAGGCUGGGCAGCCUCCUCUCACCGAACAAUGGAGACCUCGUGAGAUGCCUGGAGCCCAGCCCUGCUCAGAGCUUACCUCUCAACAAAUGCACUGCUGGAGCUGACCAGAAACCUGGUGGCUGCCUCUCAGACACUGCCCUGGUGCUGUGAGCAGGUGGCUGCCUUCCCUCCCUGCGGACACCUCAACCUACCUCAAAGGAUGAGACAGAAGCUGGCUCUGGAGCAUGAGGCCUGUGAGCCCUCUGCACUGCACACUUGCCAGUGGGCUGUUUCUAGAGAGGCAUGUUUUACUGGAGAGAGUUGUGUGACUCAGUUUUUAAAAGAAAUGGCAAAACCUGGUCAAGUUGUUGGGUUUGUGGCUGUUGUUCAAGCCUGAUGUGGUGGUGGUUUCCUUGUUGCGCAGGAUCUGGCUGAGUUGGGGGUCAGCUCCCUCUCUCCUUCCCUGACCAGUAUGGGUUGAACUCCUCCUUGCCUGUGUCGCUUUGCACUAACCCUGAGCCCCAGAGCGCCAGUAAUGUUGUCUGCUUCCCUCUCACUGCAGGCCAAGGCUGGGGAGGGCCAGCUACCACUCUGCUCUUCUGGAAGGAGCAGAGUUUUGGCCUUCCAACCCGUGGGUUUUUAUCCUAUCUGAGUACUUGUGCCCGCAUCCUCUGGCUUCUGCCCACCUCUGCCCCGAGCCCUGGCCUGGCUCCCAGCUGCAGUGAGGCUGGGGAGGGAGCAGCCCCUCACUGCUGUUGGCUCUGUGGUACCCUGCAGCGUGCACGUGAGAACUGCAGAUGGGUGCUACUCUCCUGCUCUCUAUUUUUCCUUUCAUUUCUCAAGAAUUUCCAUUAAACUUUUGCACAUGGCU